AUGUACGAAGCUCUAAAUCAUUUAAAGAGUUUCUUUGUGAACAAUUGUUGGGAAGAUGUGUGCCGAUAUUGUCAGCAGAAUGUACGGAUUGGAUUAGUAUGUGGUGUUUGUAUUGGGGUAUGGUGGCUGACGAGAAAACCUCGCGGGAUCCCCCCAGGUCCAAGAUUUACAUUACCUAUAGUAGGGGAUCUGUUGUUUCUGGAAAAUGAAAGUCAACCAGUUAUGCUAAGAAAAAUGAGAGAGAAAUAUGGAGAUAUAUUUAGUAUCUAUAUGGGAUCUAGUCUGUUUAUUGUAUUAAAUGGAUAUGAUGUUAUUAAAGAAGCUUUGGUAAAAUAUGAACACAUAUUUUCUGAUAAGCCACAUAUGUUCAUGUAUGAUCUCAUUUCGGAUAAGAAAGGUAUUGUUUUUACUUCGGGUCAAUUGUGGAAAGAACAAAGAAAAUUUGCCCUGGAAACAUUAAGAGAAUUUGGUUUUGGUAAAACGAUACUAGAGGACAAAAUUCAUGAAGAAAUAGGAUAUUAUAUUGAAGUUAUUGACAAACAUAAUGGUAGACCAUUUGAUAUGUGUCGGCUAACACAAGCCUCGGCAUCGAACAUUAUAUCUUUGUUGGUCUACGGACAUAGAUUUGAUUAUGGUAAUCUGGUAUUCAAAGAAUAUCUUAACGGCGUCGAUGAAAAUUUUAAAGAUUUGGGAUCGACAGCUGUUUUGAAUUUCUUACCUGUUCUUCGAUUCAUGCCUGGUGAUUUAUUCAGAUAUAAACGGAUACUGAAAAAUCUACACGGUGUGGAAAAUACAAUAAUAAAGCCGUCAAUACAAGAACAUCUGAAUAAUUAUGAUGAAAACUAUACCAACGAUUAUAUUAGUAGUUAUAUUAAAGAAAUGAAACGAGUUCAGAAGGCAGGUCAAACAUCUUACAUUAAUGAGGAUAAUUUAGUCAAAUCAAUUGGAGAUCUUUUUGUAGCUGGCACAGAAACAACGUCAACAGCUAUUUUAUGGACGAUUCUCUACAUGAUUCAUCAUCCAAAUAUACAAGCUAGAUGUUACAAAGAAAUUCAAGAUGUUGUUGGUUCGGGUCGUCUACCCUCUAUGAGAGAUAAGCCUUCUAUGCCAUAUAAUGAAGCCGUAUCAUGGGAGGUUCUCCGAAAAGCCAACAUCGUAACUAUUGGUACCCCACACGGUCUUAAUCAGGAUACAAAGUUUAGAGGAUACAACAUUCCUAAACAUGCAGUCAUAUUGCCAAACCUUGAUUCAGUUCUUGCAGAUAACAAGAUUUGGGGAGAUGCGGAUGUUUUUCGACCUGAGAGAUUCUUAGAUAAUGACGGAAUGGUUACUAAGCCGGAUGAAUUUAUACCCUUUUCUUUAGGACGAAGAAUAUGUCUUGGGGAAUCUUUGGCUAAAAUGGAAUUAUUUUUGUUCAUGUCAACCCUGAUACAAAGAUUUGAAUUUAAACCAGUUGAUCCUGAUAAUUUACCGAAAUUGGAAGGUGUUUUAGGAAUCACAAAUUCACCGUCUAAAUAUGAAGUUCGAGCUGUUCCUAGAUAAAUCUUUCAGAUACAACACAGCUAGCCUAUAUAUUCCAAAAUAUUUCUAUACAUUGAAGUUAAACGUAACUAUGUAUUUCUAAAUUAAAAUCAUAUUUCACCUAGAGGGUAUUUUUUGCCCCCCCCCCCCAAUUCCUCAAAUAAACGACCACACAAUAUGUACACAUCAUGGAUUAUUCCAAAAUUCGAGUAUUUAUAUGCGUCAGUAGUAUAUAAGUCUGAAAAAUUGCAUUUAAAGGGGAAGUCCAGUCGUUUCCAUAUGUUUAUAUUUCGACUUUAACCGGCUAAUUAAGACGCUGACUAUGACGUCAUCUGGUAACUGUCAGUCACUGUUUAUAAACCAAACCAUGUAUUCGUGCUAUAAUAGUUACUAUCCGAACGCUUUAUACACUAUGUUGUGUUAAUCACAAUGUGAAUUGAAUUGA